UCUCUCAACGAGGAAAUGAAAUGACUGACUAGGACAGGAUUGUGGAGUUAAUCCCUAAAAAGGAUAACAGUUACUGAAGCCCAGGAUUGUCCGGGAUUAAAAGUAAUGGCCAGAAGUCAUGGUCCUACAACUGUGGCAUGUCUCCACAAUCAAGCUGACACUCCAUUUGACCACUGAAUGAAACUUUUGAGUCAAGCAUUAAAAACUGCAACUGGAUUAAGUUUUCAUAGUUGGUCUUACCUCCACAUUGCUACGUGUUUGGUGUUUGGUUAGACCCUCAAACCCAUUUCCAAGGGCACUCUAUCCUUCGAAUGCUGACCAUCUUGGAUGCAUGUUUUUUGAUCUUCCCUCAGCCACAUUCCUCCUGCAAAGAGGCAUUAUGGUAGUUCUGACUUUUUAGUGAUUUCUUUGUGAAAAGCCCUUCUACCGUUGACCUACUGCUAAGAAGCCUGAAAUAAAUAAACUGUAGACCUCCUAUUUGGUACCCUGGAUCCAACAGCUUUGGAAGCAUAACUUAAUGCUAAUAAGAAAAUGCUCAGGAUGAUGCAGAGGAAACAGAUAGUCCUGACCCUGUUGUGCUUCCUUCUCACCCUGACCACUGUUGUGUUGAGGUACUCCUACCAUGAGUCCUCCAUGUACUAUCUGAAUAUACUUCAUGGCUGGUCAGACAGAGCCCUGCACAACAAGCCCUGUGCCUGUGAACACUGUGUCUCCGAGGCUCAUACUUCUCCCUGGUUUGAUGAGCGUUUCAAUCACUCCAUGAGGCCCUUGAUGUCCGAAAACACUGUGCUGUCUGAAGACACCUACGUAUGGUGGCAGAUGCUUCAGCAUGUGAAGGAUCCUGCCAACCUCACUGCGGUAAUGAAGGAGCUGUUUAACAUCAUCCCCAGCAAAGAAAUGUACCUGGACUGGGGGGCCUCUCGCUGCAGGAAGUGUGCCGUCGUCGGGAACUCUGGGAACCUAAAGGGAUCCAGUUAUGGCUCCCAGAUUGACCUCAAUGACUUUGUGUUCAGAAUGAACAGAGCUAUAACAGAUGGAUAUGAAAAGGAUGUGGGCAGCAAAACCACUCAUCACUUCAUGUACCCAGAAAGUGCCAAACACCUGCAACCGAACGUUAGCCUGGUACUGAUUCCCUUCAAAACCCUUGACUUGCAGUGGCUUCUGAGUGCGCUGACAACAGGACACAUCACACAGACAUAUACUCGAGUUUUAGCCAAAAUCACAGCCAGCAAGGACAAGAUCUUAAUCUUCAACCCAACCUUUUUCAAGUACGUGAACGACAACUGGCUUGAAAACCGGGGGAGGUACCCAUCCACUGGAUUUCUGGCGUUAGUGUUUGCUGUUCACACAUGUGAUGAGGUAAAUGUUUAUGGAUUUGGAGCAAACACUGAGGGCAACUGGCAUCACUACUGGGAGAACAUUGGAGGAGAAGCCUUCAGAAAAACAGGGGUCCACGAUGGGGACUAUGAAUACAACAUCACCAGAACGCUCGUCAGCAUCGGCAAGAUCAACUUGUUUAAGGGGAGCUGAUGAAUUCGCAGCUUGUAGAAUUUGGUAUUACUUGGACAUUGUUUUUAUCAUAUCUGAUACAUUUAUAUUUAGAGAUUUUUAUAAGCUUCAUUAAGCCAAAAUUUCCCUCUUUUUUAAAAGAAGUAGACAGAAUUACGUUUGAAGUGCAAAUGUGGGGCAGGUGCUUUGUGGGUUGUGGAUGUUCUAUACCAAACCCAUUAUCGUAGAGUGUGCACACUUGCCAGGGCAAUUUGCAUCCUUGGGUUGUUUUUUUCUUCUUUUAAGACACCUUAUUUCAUUUAAUAUUAUAUUAUUUAUAUAGUACUAUGGUGAUCUAAUUUAGAAGUAUAUACAACAAAACAGUCAUUUUUCACAGUAGGGCACCCUAUCAUUCUAGAAUCGUACAGUAAUGAUGAACAAUAGCUGUGAAAGAGUUCUUGGAAAAUAUGAAUAUCUGCAGUAAAGGGAGUGCUGGGAUGACAAGCUGUUACUUUGCAGUGACUCAUUUUAUUGCAUGGUUUUAAAAGCUGUUAAAAAGCCCUUCAAAUGGUAUAGCUAAUGAUAAAGCUAUAGCUAUAGCUAAAAUCCCAUUCACCCACCUGCUGUGCACUUGCAUUUGUUACGCUGGUUUCCAAUGUGGAGUUCUGAAGAUAGAAACACGUUAUAGUUUCAUUAUUUAUAUGAUAUAGGCAGUGCAACGCUGACAGAAUUUGAAAGUAUCUGAAAGUGUUUCUUUGCCCAAGUUUGUUACCAGAUCCAGCAGUCCCUAGCUAAACCCAGCACACUUUCUUUUGCAUUACCCUCCAGGC